AAAAAAUUGAUGCCUUUGAGAUUUGGUGCUGGAGAAGAAUGCUGCGCAUACCUUGGACAGCUCAUAGGACAAACGUUUCCAUUCUAAACCAACUCAAGAUUAAAAAAAGGCUGUCCACAAUAUGUCUGCAACGAAUACUGCAAUUCUUUGGUCACGUGGUUCGCAGAGGUGACGACAGUUUGGAGAGAUUAAUUGUUUCUGGAAACGUUCCGGGGAGAAGAUCAAGAGGACGAUCACUAACUAGAUGGUCUGAACAAAUAAAGCAUUCAGCUGGAAACUCAUUUUGCGAAGCUCUUAGAGCAGCUGAAGAUAGAGACCAAUGGAGAAACAUUGUUAGGAAUAUUGGAAGAAAUCACGAUCCUCAGUAAU